AUGGAAAACUUCCUGGAAAAGUACAAGGAGCUCCGGAAGAGUAAAAGUCUUCUGUUUCAGCGACGACACCAAGAGAAUGCGAUAAAGGGUGUAGGUAUUGGGUAUUAUCAUUCCGUCCAAAUCUUCACUACGCCCAUCACUUCUUCACUACGCCCAACACUUCUUCACUACGCCCAACACUUCUUCACUACGCCCAUCACUUCUUCACUACGCCCAACACUUCUUCACUACGCCCAUCACUUCUUCAUUACGCCCAACACUUCUUCACUCCGUCCAACACUUCUUCACUACGCCCAUCACUUCUUCACUACGCCCAACACUUCUUCACUACGCCCAUCACUUCUUCACUACGCCCAUCACUUCUUCACUACGCCCAACACUUCUUCACUACGCCCAUCACUUCUUCACUACGCCCAACACUUCUUCACUACGCCCAUCACUUCUUCACUACGCCCAAUACUUCUUCACUACGCCCAACACUUCUUCACUACGCCCAUCACUUCUUCACUACGUCCAACACUUCUUCACUACGCCCAACACUUCUUCAUUACGCCCAACACUUCUUCACUCCGUCCAACACUUCUUCACUACGUCCAUCACUUCUUCACUACGCCCUACACCUCUUCACUACGCCCUACACUUCUUCACUACGCCCAACACUUCUUCAUUACGCCCAACACUUCUUCACUCCGUCCAACACUUCUUCACUACGUCCAUCACUUCUUCACUACGCCCAUCACUUCUUCACUACGCCCGUCACUUCUUCACUACGCCCAACACUUCUUCACUCCGUCCAACACUUCUUCACUACGCCCAACACUUCUUCACUACGUCCAACACUUCUUCACUACGCCCAUCACUUCUUCACUACGCCCUACACCUCUUCACUACGCCCGUCACUUCUUCACUACGCCCAACACUUCUUCACUACGCCCAUCACUUCUUCACUACGCCCAUCACUUCUUCACUACGCCCAACACUUCUUCACUACGCCCAUCACUUCUUCACUACGCCCAACACUUCUUCACUACGCCCAUCACUUCUUCACUACGCCCAUCACUUCUUCACUACGCCCAACACUUCUUCACUACGCCCAACACUUCUUCACUACGCCCAUCACUUCUUCACUACGCCCAACACUUCUCCACUACGCCCAACACUUCUCCACUACAACAACACUUCUUCACUACGCCCAACACGUCUUCACUACGCCCAACACUUCUCCACUACGCCCAACACUUCUUCAUCACGCCCAACACUUCUUCACUACGCCCAACACUUCUUCACUACGCCCAUCACUUCUUCACCAGGCCCAUCACUUCUUCACUACGCCCAUCACUUCUUCAAUACGCCCAUCACUUCUUCACUACGCCUAACACUUCUCCACUACGCCCAACACUUCUCCACUACGCCCAACACUUCUUCACUACGCCUAACACUUCUCCACUACGCCCAACACUUCUUCACUACGCCCAACACUUCUCCACUACGCCCAACACUUCUUCACUACGCCCAUCACUUCUUCAUUACGCCCAACACUUCUCCACUACGCUCUACACUUCUCCACUACGCCCAACACUUCUCCACUACGCCCAUCACUUCUCCACUACGCCCAACACUUCUCCACUACGCCCAUCACUUCUCCACUACGCCCAUCACUUCUUCAUUACGCCCAACACUUCUUCAUUACGCCCAACAUUUCUUCAUUACGCCCAUCACUUCUUCAUUACGCCCAACAUUUCUUCAUUACGCCCAACAUUUCUUCAUUACGCCCAUCACUUCUUCACUACGCCCUACACUUUCUUAACUACGCCCGUCACUUUGGACACACAAAACAAGCUAGAUGUCAAGCUGUGA